CACGAACGAGUGGCGGCGCGACCCGGCGGGUCAUUGGCACUUCGUGGGCUACCUCAAGGGGACUGGCACUCAGCCAGAUGCCGCGACGCCCCGGAUCUGGACGUGCACGAUGUGCCAGAGUUCCAACUGGCACCCGAAGGUCAAGUGCUCGACGUGCGGGCUCAAGCGGACGUACGCGGCGGUGGCUGGGACGCCCUCGAGCACGCUGGCUCCGCCUACGGGCUCUGCCAACCCCCCGCCCAAGAGUGGACACCCUGGGAACCCUGUCCAGCAGCAGUUGGCGGCGGUUGCCGAGUGCCUGUCUGCAGCCACCGGCACCUCGGCUUCCGUGGUCGCCACGAUCAAGGAGCUCGAGAUGGCCAUCGCUGCGUUGACUACCCCGUCGACGGCUGCGCUCAAAGCCUCCCUCACCGAGCAGCUCGAGCAGAAGCGCCGCGAGCUGCAGAACUUCAAGCCUGUGGGGCAGAAGCUGGACUCUCUGCGCGCAGCCCUGGAGCGUUCGCGGAAGCGCAAGGCCCAGGCCGCCGAGGCCUUGGCUCUGGCAGAGCACGCCCUGCGCGAUCAGCUCUCGGCGGCUGUGUGGGAGCUCAAGCAGUUCGACGACAUCAGCCCCGAGGUCAUCAGCGACGCCGAGACCAAGACAGACAACUUGCUGAAGAGCUUCGAGAUGACGAUCCGGGCGGCUCAGCAGGCCCAGGAGGUGGUCCACUGGCGCUUGCGCGGCAAGCGCCCUCCCCCCGAGCCCGAGACCGAAGUUUUCCACAGGAUCACGGGCAAGCAGAAAGUGCCAUCUCAUUUGACGAUUUUUUUCGGGGCUCCGGUGAAGAAGCCGCCGGAUGGCGUGUGCAAGCCUUCAGUGGGUGCGCAUGCUCCUUCGGCCAAGAGCGCGUACCAGCCGUACGCGUAG